AUGUCGACCAUUCCUCUCCGAUACAUCUCGGGCAACGUCCUGCACGCCCUGGCCGUUGUCCUGAGUCUUCCGCCAGACAGCCUCGAGCAGACUGGCCGCCACACGGCCACGCCGUCUGCCACGUGGCAGGCCGAGCAGGCGGCCCGCAUUCCUGGCCUGCCGCGCUGCCUCCUGAUCCCUCCCAUCCCCCACCUGUCUGUCAAGGUCGCCCAGGUGGCGAAACGGGUUGUCAUUGCCGCCGCGGGCGGCGCCGAUACGCUCGCCGUCAAGGCCGCCUCCAAGGGGAUUCGGCUGGACGCUGUCCUCCACCCCUGCUCCACACCGACGGCGCUCUGCUCGGCACAUCGCGACCUCCAUCCGACUCUUGUGCGGGAGAUGUUUUUCUAUCUCUCGCGCGAGGUCGCCGACAAUGCCGAUUUCGUCCGCCGGCACCCUGUGCACGACCGCCUUGACAAGAACGACAACGACAACGGCGUCAACGACAACGGCGACGCUCCUGAAGCAAUCUGCCACACUCGCGACGUGCACGACUGGGGUCUCCGCAUGAUUGGUAUCAGCGCGCUGUGGUGUACGCGGCACACGUUCCGAGCGCUGGAAAAGGGCCGUCAGGUCUUGCACCGGCCACCAACGAGUGCCAAGGCUGGCUCGUCGGCGGGUUCGUCGACAACGUCGCCCUCCCAGUCGUCCACCCACAUCCGCAGCAGCAUGCGCAUGCCACACCUGCAGUACCCCUGCGAGGCGUGCAUCCUGGCGGCCGUCGGCGCCCGCAGCCAGACGCUCAUCGACCUGCGCGCCAGCAUGCUGAGCCGCAUGGCCGAGGAGCACCACGACAAGCAGCGGCGCGACCGGCGCCGGGGCACGAUUCCGUCGUCGUCGUCGCUCGACAAGAAGAAGAAGCCCCGCGAGCCCAACCUGCUGCCCCUCGUCGAGACGUACAUCAACGUCCUCGGCCGCGACGUUGGCGACGAGAUGGCGGCUGAGAUCCGCGCGCGGAGCGAGGCGCUCGCCGAGUCGAUUUUCGACGUGCGCCUCUGCGAAGCGCGGCGCCGGCGGCACGUGGCGCGCGACGUCAAGCGGCUGCAGCGACAAGGCAAGUCGACGCGGUACGUGCGCGACCCGUGCACGCCGCGCCUGGUCACCAAACACGGCCACCGCCUCCCGCUGCCGCUGCUUCCGCUCGACUGCGAUCUGUGGGCGCACUACAACGAGUCCGUCGUUGGUGGCAACAAGCAAAACUACCAACCGACCCCUGGCCAUGCUCAUGGCGCCGACCCGUCCGGAGCGUACGACGAGAGCCAUGAGCAGUACUAUGUUGUGCCCGACGAGGAGGUGGAGAAGGGGCAGGAGGAGGCGGACAAAGCACACCCAGACGAAUGGGCGGGCGAGAUGGCAAGCGACAAGAGCACGGCUCAGCAGCACCCUUCCAUGAUGGGCAGCGACGCUUCGGCGCAUCUUGGCUACAAGGAAUACCAUGCCCAGGGCCAGCCCGAGCCGACUGUGGCGGAGGAGACGCCGGCCCCCGAAUGCGAAGAGGACUACCGGCGCAAUGUGCUCGAGUCGGAGACGGUCUUCUCGUCGGAUGUCGCCGACGAGCGUGCGUCGACGGGCCACAGCAGCGACGACGACCACGCCUCAUAUGUCACCAUUAGUGUCUACACGCAGCUGCCUCUCAACCAGCUUUCCAGCCCAGUUCCCGACCUGCCCCCCAGCCAUGCGGGCCCUGGCCGCCGAGCUGCUGCUGCUUCUCUCUCAACGAUGCCUGUUCGCAGUCUCUCUCCGAUCCCCGGCACUCCUACUUCCACGGCCGCCCGCUCUGUUGUCAGCUCUGUCUCACGGCACUCCACUCGUUCGAUUCGUCCAUCGUCUACCAGUGAACUGCCGCCCCGGCCGGCCAACCCGACGCCGUCUUCGCAACCUCGCAUCUACCCGCCGGCUCCGACCUCGAGCGUCUACUCCCGCGUCACGGCGGCGACCCAGAACGGCCAGAAGACCUCCAAGGCCAAGCAGGCGUUCUCUACCAUUCUGUCUGAAGCUAACGCCUCGCAGACAUCUGCCUCCUCGGCCAGCCGGGCGAUUCCUUCGCCUCGUUCUGCCAAGGCGUCCACAUCAACUGUGCCGUCUGCGUCGUCUUCGCUCUCGUCUCUUACUCGGCCGACGGCGUCGUCUUCCUACCGCUCUCGCGCCCCGAGCACGCCGACUCCUCCUUCCAAUGGGCGCAAACCGACGUUGGUAGCGUCAUAUGUGGCGAUGCAGGCCGUCAUGGACGCGAGCCGCAGCCGGAGCCGCGUCAACGUGGCUGCGACGAUUCCUAAACCUGCGACUUCCACUUUGGCGAAACCGUGCUCUGCCGCUUCGACGGCGUCCAAGACCACCAAGUCGACAAGCACCACCUCCAAGGCACCGACCGAGAGGACCUCCCGAAGCACGGUUUCAAAGUCGUCCUCGAUACCAUCCUCCUCGCCCGCCACGACGGUGACCAACCUGAGCCGCUACCCACUGCUGCCCAGGUCGACGUACCGGCCGCCGUCCAUGACACAGCGGUCAGCCAUGCCGCCACCGCUCUUCUCCAAGUCUGGCCAGCAGAAGCAGCAGGAGACGCAGGAGACGCAGGAGACGCAGAAAAAGGUGCGCACGCCUAUGCGUUCAUCGCGGGCUUCCCCUCUAACCACAAAGGCUUCCACCUCCGCCGCGCUUCCCAAGACGCCCUCAGAGACCAGUUCAGACGUGUCGUUCGAUUGGAGCCAGUCAGCCCCGUCGGAUCUGAGCGUCGGCGAAGGGCCCCGUCAUCGUCCAGAUUAUGCAAUCUUUGUCGACGACGACAACGACAACGACAAUGGCUCUGCUGGCCCAUGCUCCAUCGCGCCCGACGACUCCAUCAGUGUCGUCGCUGGCGACCGGCACCAAAAGGAGACGGACAGGCCGACACGGCUGCGGGGCAAGACGGAGGCCGAGCAGCCGCGCCGGUGGCUGCAGAUGCAAAGGCAGCGACACCAGCAGACAUUGACGGCGCCGACACGGCCAGGUCGUGGCCAGCAGGGCCCAAUUCCGCGGAUCCUGAACCACUACCAGCCAAAUAACAGUCGUCGGCCGCCCCAGGCACCACCGCGGGCACCUCCUCAGCCGCGGCAGCCGAUGCGGCCACGGACGCAGGCCGAGGUCGAGAACAAGCCCCUGCCUCGUCUCCCCGCCGAAGCAAAGACGCAGCGUUGUGUUUGCCAGGGUGUCCAUCCACAGAAGCAUCACACGUGCGGGUUGCAGGAGCAGGUGGCUGACCGGCCGACGUCCAACCUGACCAACUGCACGGAGUGGCCCAAGUGUUUCUAA